GUUCUCAUGGGUCAGAAAGUGGCCUUCGUGGGCGAGAGUGGUUGUGGGAAGAGUACCACGAUCCAGCUGCUAGAGCGGUUCUAUGAUCCCGACAAGGGGGAGAUCCUGAUAAAUGGCCAGUCGCUUCGCAGUCUGCCGGUUCGCGCCUGGCGAAGGUUGAUUGGCUACGUCGGACAGGAACCAGUCCUCUUCGCAACCUCUGUCAUGAAGAACCUGAAGGCAGGCAACAAUGACAUCACUGACGAGGAGGCGAUUGAGGCAGCACGCAGCGCGCAGAUCCUGGACACCCUCACCGCGCUGCCGAAGGGAUUAGACACCUUGAUUACUGGAGGGAACUUCUCCGGUGGACAGAAGCAGCGCGUAGCCAUUGCCAGGGCUCUUGCGCGGAGGCCACAACUCUUGCUGCUUGACGAGGCAACAUCUGCUUUGGACAACGAGUCAGAGCGGAUGGUCCAGGCAACGCUGGACUCCCUGGAUGUCACCUAUGGCAAGAGCAUCACGACGGUGUCCAUCGCGCACCGGCUGACAUCGAUCGUCUCCUCCGACACCAUCUACGUGCUCAAGAAUGGCACCGUGUCGGAGCAGGGCACCCAUGCCGAGCUUAUGGCCCUACAGGGCCAGUACUAUUCCAUGGCUGAGCUACAGCAGCUCGGGAGUAUGGCGGAAGAGCAGCACGCCAUGGCUGCAAGCUCCAGUGACCAGCUCAACAGGGCACGAGUGGAGCACGCAGGGCAGACAUACCAAGCUGUACAGGAGCUCUACUGGAAGAGGCAGAACCAGAAGAGGAGUGCACCAACUCCUGUGGGUAGCGGCCUCACUACGCCAGCAGAUCCGGCCUCGGACGUAACGAUGGGCGGCGACGACCACAACGCUCCCACCGGAUCGGCCGACGCUUCUUUGAUACAGAGUUUUUCGCUGCAAGAUGAUGCCGCACUGGAGGUUACGUUGUCAGCGCUGGGUAUUAAUACCCAGGACCACAACGCCGUGAAGGAGUGGAUGAACCGUCCCCUCACUUCCAACCAAGAGAUGUUUGCCUGUAUGAGGGCGUAUCAUGAGCAGGUGAUACGCCCAGAGCUGUUCUCUAUGGUGGUGCAGCUAGAGACCGGCUUGAAGACGCUCAACAACAGUAUCUUUCAGGUGAGGCGUGAGCUGUCGUGGAUGGCGGCGGACAACAGGUUGUCGCAGAAGUACGCUUGCGGCAUCCAACUCCUGACCACUGGAUGGCCGCCAGCGCUACGCCCGGUGGACAGGGAGUACCUCAUCGGCUGGAUGCUCCAGCAAACCCCCAAGAUCAAGACGUUUCUGCACGAAAGGGGCCACGUCACAGACCACAACGCACAUGAAGUCCGGCGGUAUUUGAGUGCCCUCGCGACAGAUCCUGUGACAGUUCCUGCCAGCGGAGAUUUUUGGUCCACUAUGUCGCUCCUGACUUUUCGGGCCUAUGACCUUCGGUCCGCCUUUCUGGAGAAGUUUGGUGGCGGCACAGGGUGCCCGGUCUUCACGGACGAGCGGACUCAAGUGAAGGGUUACCACGUAAAGGUGGCACCCUGCUCGCCUCAAUGGCAACGUAAAUUAGAAUCUCCCCUUAGAGUUCUGCUGUCAUGCGUGAAUGCGCAUGCAGACCACAACUCUGGCUCGCGUCUUACAAUUUUGUGGAAGACGCUCACCCUCCUUGAGCCCACUCAGGAUGACUCUUUCAAGGAGGACAUUGUUGCCUGGGCCCGCCUCUUCUAUUUUGAGGAUGAAGGCGAAUUUAAAGGCCGAUUGGAGGUGACAAGAGAGCUGGAGAAAAUUUUGAUGUCUCCUCCAACUGAGACCACAACUCUGGAGACCACGUUGUGGGCUCAGAUGUGGAAUAAAAUCCAAUGGGGGGCUCAGUAUGAGAUCGACCAAGCAGAGUCAGCCACAAUGGCUAAAGCCAGAGCUGAGCUUGGAAUUUCAGGCAAAGGCCUGAACUUAGGCAAGGGCAAAAAGCACUGGCCACCACAACUUGACAUUCAGGUUAAUGAGGACUCAUCUAGAACCUACAAUGCAAUCCUUCGAGAUCUGUGGGAGAGCCCCAUCGAUCCAGACCACAACUCAAGCAACGCAAGGGAGGGCUACCGAGGCACAAUCUUUACGGCUCUGCAGGACGCUAGGAAGGCAGAGGCGGACCAAGACCACAACGCAAAAUCCCUCCGCAACCAAGCGAAGCGCCUCGCUAAGAAGGACCGAAGGGGAGCUCAGCUGCUACUCCGCCCCCCGCCCCCCGACGGCCGACUUUACGGCUUUCUCCGGAGCAUGUCGCGCAAGUCCUUCGUCACCGCUAUGGCCGGGGAUCCGCUGCAUGACAGCUUUAUGGUGGAGGCAGCAGCAUUGGAAGAAAAGGGGCUCUGCAAAGUGUCCCGGCCUUUCUGGGCUAUCCUUCCCUUCGCCUUCCUCAUGAUCCUGGUGCAGUCCGUGGCUGCCCCUUUCCAGGCCCUGCUCUUCACCACGGCGAUGGGCAGCUACUACGAGACAUCUGUCUCCCUCAUGCUCUACAAGCUGGAUCGGGCCUGUCUGGGACUUGCUCUUCUGGGCGUUGUCAUGGGUGGUUGCGUCCUGAUCAUGCAGGCUGUCUUCACGUUCCUGCAGGAAAGCAUCAGCCUUGAACUGCGAAAGCUGGCCUUUGGCAGUGUGAUCCGCAUGCACAUGGCCUUCUUCGAUUCACCGGAGAAUCAGACCUCGAGUCUUCUGGUCUCUCUGGAGAGGCACAUGAUCCGCGUUUCGCAGAUGUUUGGCGUGAAUCUCUCCAACAGCGCUAUGGCAGUGCUCACCGCGAUUGUCUCGGUCUUGGUUAGCUUCCUCGGAUCCUGGUUUCUUGCUGCCAUCCUCCUGGCCGUUCUACCCAUAUGCGGCUUCUUGGCCAUGUCCGUUUCUAUCAUGGCCCAGAAGCUCUCCCCGGCCGCGGAGUCGGCCUAUGCCAUGACGGGGCGGACCGUCUCCGAGGCCGUGAUGUCCAUCCGCACCGUGAGGGCUUUGGGUGCGGAAGAGCACACGCUGGAUAUCACCAGCAACCUCCUUCAGGUGAUGUCAAACUUUCACAAGGGCGUGGCUUGCAAGAAGGCAUUCGCGUUUGGGUUUAGCUCGGGCCUGGUGAUGUUGGUCUAUCUGAUGGGCUUCUGGCUCAGUGCGCUGAUGAUUGGCAGCCAACGCUUCGACGCUGAUCAGGUGUUGCUCACUCUCUUCUGCGUCACCUUCGGCCUCCAGAGUGUGAGCAUGAUUGCCAUGUACCUACCAGACUCUGCAUCGGGCGCAGUUGCUGCCGCGGAGGUCUUUCGAUUGGUUGACCUGGAAUCCAAGAUCGAUGCCGUGGAGACUGAUGGGACCAUCACUAGCCUGGGGGACGGGACACUCAGUUUGCAGGACGUGGUCUUCUACUAUCCACACCGUUCCGAGGUGAUUGUCUUGAACCGCCUCUCUCUGCAAAUCCGUCCCGGCCAACGUGUGGCCAUCGUGGGGUUUUCCGGCAGUGGCAAGUCCACGGUCAUCCAGCUGUUCCUACGCUUCUAUGAUCCGCAGCGAGGUUCAGUCAUGAUCGGUGGCAAGGACCUGCGGGCGCUGGAUGUGGCUUGGUGGCGGAGUCAGGUGGCCCUGGUGGGCCAGGAGCCGAUCCUCUUCGACCUCACCUUGGAAGAGAAUGUCAAGUAUGGGAAACCGAAUGCCAGCCAUGAGGAAGUGCUUUGGGCCGCAAAAGCCGCCAACAUGGAUUAUGUGUUGUCUGGCAGGAAGCGCUGGUCCGAACGCGUAGGUCUGAAGGGCGAGAAGUUGAGUGGAGGCCAGAAGCAGCGCUGUGCCAUCGCCCGUGCACUGCUGCGCCAGCCUAAAGUCCUCUUGUUGGAUGAAGCCACUUCGGCCCUGGACUCUCAGUCGGAGCUGGUGGUGCAGCAGUCUCUAAAGCAGAUCCAGGCCACAAGCAUCACGGUGGCCCACCGACUCUCCACCAUCCGUGACUCGGACAAGAUCUUCGUCCUCGCAGAGGGUCGCCUCAUGGAGCAAGGCACCUAUCAGGAGCUCAUCGACCUUGGCGGCAGUUUCGCCCAGCUUGCAGCCAGGAGCUUAUAA